GGCGGGACGAACCGCGCCGCAAUUCAACGUCAUGUCAUAUGUACCUUUGCGCUUUCAUUAUUUCGAUUAACGUCGCUCCUGCAAGGCAUACUGCUAAUUGGAUGUAGAUAUGCAUGAGACUAGCCCAAUCAUGACUGCGGGGGGUUGCGCCAAACAGGUCAUGAUCGUCGGGUCCCAUUUGCUACUCGUAACCCAGCAUCCCAGACAAUAGGUCGUCAUCGGACAUCAAGCAAUAUAUACCUUCACAUGCGGGACGGCCUGGAAGAUGAUAAGAACCAACUGGAAGUAGCCCUGGCCUCCUUGUGUAACUUGAUGAGUCAGCAGGCACACAUGUUCACUGCCUCCGAAAUCCUUCACCAACGCCGCAUCCUAAUUUGUUUGGUAUCAAGCAACGAAGACAUUCGCCAUGGCAGUUCUUAGUAGCAUGUUCCAUCACUGGGAACUCAAAUUACUUGGAACCUUUUCAGCCUUUAUUCUAUAUCUCCUCAGCUACGCUAUCUACAACAUAUACUUCCACCCGCUCUCAAAAUAUCCCGGACCGAAAAGAUGGGCUGCCACGCGAGCUAGCUACGUCUUUUCACUGUAUUCAGGAUGGCUACAUAGCGAUGUUCACGACAUCCAUCGCCGCUAUGGCGACAUCGUACGCAUCGCGCCUAAUGAGAUCUCGUUCGCAAGACCCGAAGCUUGGCAGGAUAUAUAUGCGAAUGUACCUGGCCGCCCAGCCUUUCCAAAGAGUCAGCUCUGGCAUGGAGCACCUGGAGGAAGGGCUAGCUCAGUCCUCAAUGCGCUGGAUAUCAAGGUUCAUUCGAGGUUUCGCAAAGCUAUGGACCCAGCUUUUGUCGACAAAGCGGUCCGUAUGCAGGAGCCAGUCGUUCUUUUCCAUUUACAAAUAUUCAUCUCCCAGCUUGACAAACUUGUAUCAGAAAGUAGCGAAGGAGCAGUUGUGGACAUUGUUCGUUGGCUCAGCUACCUCGUCUUUGAUGCCAUAGGAGAUCUUGGAUUUGGAGAGCCAUUUGGAUGUCUAGAGAGAUCUGAAUACCAUCCUUGGUGUUCCAUGAUCUUUUCGUCUCUGAGAGCAGCCACAUACAGAGUUUCGCUAAGAUACUAUCCUGCUCUGAACUGGAUAAUGAGCCUUUUCAUUCCGAAGAACAUAAUGAAGAAACAGAUGGAACACUGGAAACUUGCUGAGGACAAGAUCAACCGCCGCCUGAAUCUGGAGAAAGAAAGGCCAGACCUGAUAUCGAUGAUCAAAAGAGACGACGAGGGGGUCAAUGGCCUUUCCUAUCCUGAAAUGAAAUCUACCGCAGCUGUACUCAUUGUUGCAGGUAGCGAAACCAGCAUUACUGUGCUCAGUGGUACAACGAAUUUCUUGGUGAAAAAUCCCGACAAGCUUGCACUUCUGCAAAAUGAGAUUCGAGCAACAUUCAAGAAUGAGAGCGAUUUUACGUCAGCAGUUCUUAGAGACCUGCCGUACCUGAAUGCGGUCCUAAACGAGGGAUUGCGACUUUGCAAUCCUACACCAGUCGGGGCACCACGAAUAACACCCCCAGGAGGAGGCAUAGUCGCGGGCGAGCGGCUGCCUGAAGACGUGUUCGUCAAUGCGCAUGCGUUAACAGUGUCUCGGUCGCCAGAUUCAUUCCACGACCCUGGAGGGUUUCACCCGGAAAGAUGGCUUGACGAAAAAGAUGCUUGUUUUGAGAACGAUCAGCUGAGUGCCAUUCAGCCGUUUGGGGUCGGACCGCGGUCGUGCAUAGGGAAACCGCUGGCAUGGGUCGAAAUGCGCCUGAUCUUGGCUCGAUUAGUCUGGAGGUUUGACCUGCUGCCUGCCGAUACGGAGGCUGGUAGGCUGCAGUGGGAUCAGCAAAGGACAUUUACGGUUGUGGAGAGACAGCCGUUCGAAGUGAGGUUACGGCGACGAGCAGGUCUGUCUGCGGUAGAGUAGUUGGGCAUAAUGAACAUGAUAGGUCAAGAUAUUGUCCCACCCUCGGAGGUGGCUGAUCAAUCGCGGCGUUCUGCGAGACUUGAUGAACCCUGAAUAGAUGCGAUUGGUUCCGACUUUGAUAUCUGUGCAACUUUCUUUCCCGAAGAGUUAAUACCAUAUGCAGAUGGGUCGAGCUGACAACACUAAUACUAUUUGACGCGAGUACGUAGAACCCUGAGUGAAGCAAAAACGCAAGGCGGGACAUCAUUCCCAGAUUACAAGCCUGUGUCGC